ACUCAUCACUCACAAGGAACACCAAACUUCGUAAAGAUAUAUAUAUAUAUAAUGGCACACGCUUAUUGGAAACUAAUUUCAUUGCUACCAAUGCACACACGAACACACAUUUUUGUAUAGCCACUACACAUACACGUAUACAUAUUUGAUGGGGCUUCUUGUGGGUGCACCAAACUUAUUGCUUUUAUACUGAUUUUAAUAUGCAUUUUAUUCAUUUGCAUUCAAGAGAUUGAGAUAACUAGGAAAUAAACCUUGAGCAAUCGAAAACAUUGCUUCAAUUGAAAAGAACCUCCUCCCCAUAGAGCCGGCAGCCACAAACAAAACUGGGCACAAAAUUUCAUUUCAAAGCGAACACUUUUCACCACUUCAGUUUCACAUUUAUUAACGAGAAUUCACAAAUAAAUAUCUUAAACAAAUGAAUAAAUCAUUUUAAUUUAACAAAAUUAAUCACAGCCGACGGAAGAUGCACAAAAACGAAUAGCGGAUAUCACGAACUGCUAAAAUAACCGCUAGAAUGCGCAGUUUGAGAGCCACCAGACGCUAUGCUGUCAGUGAGGCCACUAUGAAUUAUCGAUAAUUUAUAUGCCGACAAGUAUUUCAGAGAAGUGUAAAGAUAACUAAACAAUGUAGUUUCAUAAAAAAAUAGUUUUGUUUUUGAAAAAUUAACGGAAAUUAUCCAAAGUUAAGGCACGGGCAGCAUAAAUACAGACAUUCUCAUUUCAUAAAACUUUGAUUAUGCUAAUUGACACACAGUGCGCAUACAGCUGCGCGCUGUUGGAUAACCGCAAUCAGCUGUUGGCCAGCAAUUGAACUGAUAAAAGGGAAUUCACGUGGGGCACAAGUACAUAAUUCGCUUAUAUUCAAAUAACAAUUACUGCCAUAUAUGUGUACAUAAGUAGUAACAACAAGCAUGAAUAAAAAAUUGCUUAGAAAUAUAGUGGCCUGUGCGACGGCCGCUACUUGUGCCUACUACACGGGUAAAUACGUAGAACGCCAACAACUUGAAGCGCCACACACGGUGGAAAGAAAAUUUACACAGGAUGCACAGCAGAGGUUUGAAUGCCGUCCAGCACUACCCAUUUUCGGCACCGUUUCCGCUGCAGUGCCCGUGCCUGUAGAGGAAGUGAAUCUCACCGCCACACCAGCGCGCAUUUCUCAAAUCAUGAAAUACGGUUUUCCCGGCCUCGAUCACGUACGUUCCUAUUCCGAUUUCGUGCUGUCCUAUGAUCGACGCAAUCGUGUGCCACAUUGGGUUUUUGAACAUCUGACACCUGCAUCAGUGGCGCGCAACGACGCGGUCGAUCGUUCCAAAUGUGAUUUUCGUGCCGAUGAAAGUAUACAUCCAUUCUUUCGGGCACAUAAUACCGAUUACCGACGUUCAGGCUACGAUCGUGGACACAUGGCAGCGGCGGGCAAUCACCGGCGUCAUCAGAAACAUUGUGAGGAUACGUUUUUUUUGUCGAAUAUGGCGCCGCAAGUUGGACAGGGUUUCAAUCGCGAUUCAUGGAAUCGGCUAGAGAUGUACGUGCGAAAAUUGACACAAACCUAUCCGAAUGUGUAUGUGUGCACGGGACCAUUGUAUUUGCCGCGUAAAGAAGACGAUGGCAAGACCUAUGUGAAAUAUGAGGUAAUCGGCGCUAAUACUGUAGCGGUGCCGACGCAUUUCUAUAAAGUCAUUGUUGGUGAAACGGCCGAUCAACAGCUGGAUAUGGAAGCGUAUGUAAUGCCUAAUCAAGUGAUCAGCGACGACACGCCGCUGCAAGUGUUUCAAGUGCCGCCAGAAACGGUAGAGCGUGCAGCGGGUCUACUCUUCUUUGACCAAGUGAAUCGGAAGCAGCUUAGACGCAUUAACGGCAAAAAAGUCUGAACGUCAGCAGGCCUAACGGGUUUUGUGCAAUUACAGAGUUGUUGUUGUUAAGUUUUAAAAUUGAAGAGAAAAUGUUAACCGUUGUUAGCAUUUUAAGUUUGAAAUGCUCCUUUAUAUAUCAGCGUGGUAGCAAAUGUAGUAAUUAGUAAUACAAUAAAAACAAAAUACUAGCAUAUUUAA